AAAAAAUUAAAUACUACAAAUCCACAAACUUCCGUCGCGGAAGAUUGAGUACUUCCGGUAGACGAGGAAGCGGCACAGUCAUGUGUUUCUGGAGGAGAUUCUGCCCAUAGACAUAAUAUAAUAUAAUUUAUAUAUAAUCUUAUUUUAUGUCUAUGAUUCUGUCCGUGAUGUGGAGGAAUGCGUUUUGCUUUGACUUUACGGCAUCUCUGGUAGCGUCGCGCAGGGAAAGGCUUUUGUUGGCCAUCUUCUUUUAAUGGGGACAACGUGAGUUCAGUAAACAUCAGCCGCUGUUGAUGCAAAGCUGGUGGAUCCUGACUGUUUUUGGUUAAUUUAAGGUACCUAAGCUUGGCGUGGAGCGCUGUCUGGUAUUUCCCAGCAGUCCCGCUUCUUCUCAGCACUAACUCAUGCUGUUUUUGUACUUUGUGUCUGAAGUCCACGCUGCGUCGGAGGCUCCCCGGCUCCUGGCUCCGUUUAAACCUCGCUGUCAGCGGCCAUCUGACGGACAAUGCAGCCUCUCAGGCUGCUGUCGGUGGAGCCCUCGGACCGGGGUUCUCAGAGGUGCAGGCUGGGUCCGGCUUUGAUGUCGGCGCUGGGUCUGAGGCUGGGCUCCCCGCUGCUGGUGUCUGUUCCCGGGGGGAGCUGCCUGUGCGCCGCCUGGCCCCGCGCCGACCUGGCCGAGGGCUUCCUGCAGGUGGACCCGAAAUGUGUCACGCCCAGCCUGAUCCCCGGCCUCCCCGCUCCCCUGACCCUGGACCCGGGUCAGCUCAGUCCUGCGCCCUGCUCCAAACUGAGGGGCGUCAAAGUAGCCGUGGUCGUCCAGAGUCCGGACUUCAAGCAGCACACGUCUCCUGGCCUUGUCCACGAGCUGGUGAGGGACAUGCUGAGGGGCGUCUAUGUCCACAGGGGCUACGUGGUAAACCUGGAGGCCUUUAAGACAGAUAUUAGAUACGUUGCCAUAGACGACAUCGGUCCAGAUUCUGCCAGCGCCGGGGUCAUCACCUCCAAAACCGGCGUGGAGAUCACCGAGAUCCAGACGGUCCAGCAUUACAGGGGUCUGCUGCAGGACCAGCCCACAGCACCCCUGGGAGGACUGGAGGAGGUGAGGGCCUCCCUGAGGGAGAUCCUGCAGCUGCCCCUCCUCUACCCACACACCCUGACCUCGCUGGGCGUGUCCUGCCCUAGAGGCGUGCUCCUGGUGGGACCCCCUGGAGUCGGGAAGACGCUGCUGGUCCGCAAGGUGGUGGCGGAGGUGGGAGCCGGCCUGGUGGUGGUCCGGGGGCCAGAGGUCGUAGGGUCACGGCCGGGUGAGAGCGAGGAGACGCUGCGGGCCGUGUUCCAGCAGGCCCGGUCCGCGGCCGAGAGCGGCGCCUGCGUCUUGUUCCUGGACGAGCUGGACUCCCUGUUCCCGAGGAGAAGCGGCUCGUCCGCGCCGGAGAACCGGCUGGUGGCUCAGCUCCUCACCCUGAUGGACGGGAUGAGUCGGGGCGACCGCUUCCUGGUCGUGGGAGCCACCAACAGGCCCGACAGCCUGGACCCGGCGCUGCGUCGGCCCGGCAGGUUUGACAGAGAGGUGAUCAUCGGCGCCCCGACGCCGCUGCAGAGGAGGGCCAUCCUGUCGGCGCUGUGCGAGAGGACGCCCGUGUGUCCCGCCGUCAACGUCGCCGAGCUCGCGCGGAUGACCGCAGGAUAUGUCGGCGCGGACCUGAGCGCGCUGUGCAGGGAGGCCGCCAUGCACGCUUUGAGGGAGAGCGCCAAGGGUUCAGGGCAGCAGGCGGUGGAGAUGAAGCACUUCCAGGAGGCCCUGAAGCUGGUGGGCCCCUCCUGCCUGCGUGGGAGCCUGGGCAGGACGGAGCUGUGCCCGGUGCCCUGGGAGCACAUCGGAGGCCUGGAGGACGUCAAAAGCAAACUGAGACAGAGCAUAGAGUGGCCUAUGAGAUACCCGGAGGCGUUUGUCCGCCUGGGCCUGCGGCGGCCCCGCGGGGUGCUCCUCUACGGGCCUCCAGGAUGCGCCAAGACGACGCUGGUCAAGGCUGCCGCCGCCUCCUCCCGCUGUGCCUUCCUCUCCGUCAGCGGCGCCGAUCUCUACUCUCCUUACGUGGGAGACUCAGAGAAAGCUUUAGCUCAGCUGUUCAGGGAGGCCCGCGCGUGUGCGCCCUGCCUUCUCUUCCUGGACGAGAUCGACUCGCUGGUCGGCUCGCGGUCCAACGACGGGGCCCCCAACGGCGUGCAGGCCCGGCUGCUGUCCGUGCUCCUGAAUGAGAUGGACGGCGUCGGCCUGAAGACCGUGGAGAGGAGAGGAGGAGAGAAGGUCCUCCAGGCGGAGGGAGCGGAGCGGAGUCGCACCGAUGUGGAGCUGGACUUUCAGGAGGUUUGCAACAAAGAUGUGAUGGUGGUAGCUGCCACAAACCGACCCAGCUGUAUAGACAGCGCCCUGCUUAGGCCCGGCAGGCUGGACCACAUCAUUUACGUCCCACCUCCUGAUCUGCAGGCUCGACUCGCCAUCCUAAAGGUUUGCACAAAGUCGAUGCCAGUGGAUUCCCACGUGUGUCUGGAGGAGCUGGCUGCAAAGACCGAGCUUUACUCCGGAGCUGACCUGGCAAACCUGUGUAAGGAGGCUGCUCUGUUGGCGCUGCUGGAGGAGAACAUGGAAGCUGCAUCCAUCCAGCACUCUCAUUUCCAGCGUUCCAUCAGUAAAAUGAAUCCUUCUCUCACUACUCAGCAGAUUAGUUCAUAUUUAAUACCUUCCCAGUGAUUUUAUCGUCUUUCAGUGACACGUUUUUAUACAUGUAUCAGUUUUGAAAUAAACAUUGUAAAACUUGA